CAGGGGUGGCGAAAUUGGCCUUCGGCCCCUUACCGGAUCUGAGCGGCUCGCUCAGCGAUCUGCCCAGCGAUGUCGCUGCUGGCUCGUAUGUGGAGAGCUUCAAUGUGAUGUUGGCAGAUCAGGCUUACUUGGCAGAUUGGGAGAAUGCCUUGGAGACUCUUGAAGAGAUGAAGACCUUCAGCAUCAGUCCUGAUGUGACCAGCUACUUUGCCUGCAUUUGUGCUUCUCGAAGGGCCAGCGCUUGGCAGUCUGCGUUGUCUCUCCUCCAGGAGGCUUGGAAUGUGGACUUGGAGCCCACUGUGGAGUGCUACAGUCACACGAUCCGUGCCUGUAGCCACCAUGAAAUUGCCUCGAAGCUGCGGGCGGAGCUGAAGCACUGGGGGGCAGCGCCGGAUCAUGUGGCACGGUUCCAUACCACGCCGAUGAUGAAGUGGGCCAGGGAGCUGAAACAGUACGGCUGUGCGGUGAAGAGUGAGAUCAACUGGCAGGGUGGUCCUGUCCCAAAGCCUCCGGAAGGCACCCAGCCAGGCUGCUGGUUACUGCCCAACCAGGAUGGUGUGGCCUUGGAGAUCGCUGCGCGGCAGAGGGAACUACGUGAGGCUGGCUGGAGGAUCAUCUCGGUCGAGCCGCACGUGGUGUCCACCUUGCGGAACAAAGCCAGUAUGCUCGAAUAUGCCAAGGAGAAAGGCAUUGGUGCUUCAACCCCAAGGUGCUUUGGCACUGCAGGGGAGGCGGAAUAUCCCUGCAUUCUGAAGCCAGAGCUGGGGACCUUUGGACCCUCGGCCCAGACAGAUGUCCAUCCUGGUUUCAUGUGGUUUCGUCUGAGGCUCCGGCAUGUUUUUUUUGGGGGGGUUCCGUGCGAACACGUAGAGAAGCUUCCUUUGUGUGAAUAUGUGUGAAUUGGUCGUUUUCAGCCUUGACCAAUGCCCUUUUGUUGCAUCAAUGCCGCUUCCCCAUCUUUGCACAUGGUGAAGCUUCUUCGCAAGCAAGCCUUCCAUGGGUGGGACGCUGCUGCAGUCCGUCUCCUGUUUCCUGUUUCCUUCUGCCGGUCUUCCGCCGGUUUUUGCAGGGAAGGAUACCCACGUGGUUCGCUCCGAGGAGGAGGUGGACCGACUCACGCGCGGUGAGGGAUUGGCUCCCAAGUGGGUUCUGCAGGAGUUGGUGCCCGGGCGCCUGGAUGCUGGGAGAGAAACGAAAAAGCAGAGGCUUUUGAUUCAGAGGUUUUUGAGUCUAACGUUCGUACAUGUUUUGUAGGAGUUCUGUUUGGAUACACUCCCUGGAAGAGUCAUGGUUACGUGGGAAAACACUCAUUUGUAGAGAUGCUCAUCCAAGGGGCCAUGCCAUCCACUUCCAUGAUUAUUCUAGGGAGCGUACUGUAUUUGUUCUAAAUGGGUUAUUGACCUUGCAUUGAUGUUCAGGAAUAUUCAAUCACUUUGCUGGUGCUGAAGGGCGUGGUGGUGGACUACGUCAACACCUUGUACGAGUACGAUGGUGAGGAAUAUGUUUGGCCAUUCGUUAAGGAGGUGCGGCACGAGUAUGUAUCUGUUCCUCAAGCUCAUCUGGAUGUCAUGAGGAUCCUGUUGUCAGAGUUCAGCGGCAUUUGUUGCCUGGGCUACAAACUCCGUGGGGAUGGCAGCCUUUGCAUCUUCGAAGUGAACCCUCGCAUCGGUGGAGACCUGGUCUUCGAGUGCCCGAAGCCACGUGCGCGAGCACUCUUUGAGAAGCUGGAUGCCAUGUUCGAUGAGCGGAUUUGAGCGAUAGAAAUCUUCCUGCAUCCACUAUAGACUCCUCGUGACAAGGUCCUUGUAGCGCGC